AUGGAUUCCGGCAAAUCGCCACUUGCAAUGCUUGCGAAAACCUGCGAGACGAUUGGCUUGCCGGACACUCCGAGCCGGAAGUCGACCAGAGACAGCGACAAAUCAAAGGGCAGCACUAGCCCCACCAGUAGCAACAGUAUGUCCGGUGAGACAAAAAAAGAAGAAAGUCCAGCAGUGAAGAAUAAAAAGGAAGGCUCGAGAAGCCCCCGCCAUACGACGCAUAGUCCAUCAGUGGGCAAGAAAACUCCAAUCGCUUCAGAGCCUUCAACCAGUGCUGCUGCUGCUGCUGCUUCUUUGCCCGCAAAUUUGAUGUUGAAUUCGCGGAACUGCUUCCCCAUGGGUUUUCCAUCACUGACCACUGCAUUUCCAACCUUUCCUUACCCAUCCUUAAUGCCAGGAUUCCCUACAAUGCCCACAUUUGCGGCUGCCGGAGCAUUCCCAGCUGGAACACCAAAUCCUUUCUUGCGAUGUCCGGAUCCACUCACUUGUAAAGGUUGUCCAGCAACGAUGAUGACAAGGUCAUGUGUUACACCGGGUUGUACGAGCUGUACAUUUCACAGUGCUACCGCUGCUGCUGUUGCGGGUACAAGUCCGGCUGAAAUGAUGAUGGCCUUUCCGCCGUCUUUUUUUGCCGCCGCUACGUAUAAUCCGCUAAUGACUGGAGCAUUACCGCCAACAUCGAGCUCGGCAGCUCAAAUAGCUUAUCAAAAUUUAAUGGCUGCAGCAUCCGGGCAGGCAACCAAACACAUUUGCAACUGGAUUGAGUCAUCAAAUGGUAUCUGCGGCAAAUCAUUCAACACUGCAGACGAACUUGCUACUCAUAUGAAGGUAGUUCAUGCUCCGUCGACAGCGGCAAAUUCCAGUAACGGUAGUGAUCUGAAAUCCAGCAGUUCACCUCGCUCGACAACAGCAGCACCGCUAAUAAAUCAUGCUGCAGCAGCUGCUUCGCUUCGUUAUCACCCGUACAUGAAGCCCAACGGUCUUAUGCCAACAAUGCCGAAUCCCCUUGGUGUGUCACCAUUCCCGACAAUGGCAGGAUUUCCGUCCGCUGCCGCCUUACAGGCAAUGUAUACUCAGCGCCUUAUGGCUACCAUGCCACAUCCGUAG